CUAUGUCAAAAGAACAAAGGAAAGAACAAAUAUACUUUUGAAACCAGACACAAAAUUCGAAGUCCUUUCCUGCUUUCUCUGUCGUUCUCAUUCGUUUCUUCUUCAUCUUCAAUUCCACGAUUUUCCGAGUUUUCAUGGAAACAAAGAAUUUCAAUUUUGAAUAAUUAGAGAGAGUAGCAGUAACGAGGGAAGAGAGAAAGAGAGAUAGCAAUGAUUACUCGUCCGAAACUUGCUGAACAACUUAGAGAAUAUCAAAUACGGUCUAAACAUGAUUGGGCAUCUGUUUCUUUCUUUACUUCUACUGCUAAUUUCAAUUCAACUUCAAGGGUGGAUGUGCUGAUAUCUGUUGCAUGGGAGCUAAUUAUUCUUGCAGUCCUAGUUUUUUCCGCAGUUUCUUUGUAUUUUAGGUAUAUGCAACUUGCCUUUAUCUUAAUAUGCAUUACUAUGCUGUUACUUGUCUGCAUGAAAAUCUGGAAACAAAUGAGACUAGCUGGGAAGAAGAAAAGAAGAAUGCUUUUACCAUUAUCAAUGUAAUAUUGUGUCAGAAAAUAAGAAUUUUUUUUUCUUUCUGAAAAAUUACCUUAUCUUUGUUAUGUAGGCAUCUCUGAGAGUACUUAAUCCUAGUCUAUAGUCAUAUUUUUCCUCGUGGCACGGCAUUUAUAAUACACCCACACACAAGAAAAAAAAGUCACAGAUACGGAAUUGUAUUGAUCUUAA